GGUUCCUGCUCCUUGUGCAUGUGUAUAUAAAUGUCUGCUCCCACAGACACAUGGACACACACUGGAGCUAAACGUGCUGGAAUACUUGAAGGACAGAUCGGCUGUGGAACAGGUCAAGAACCCCUGUUUGCCAUGAAGACAACAGGAGUCUUUGUGCUCCUCGCUCUGGCAGUUCUUUGCUUGGCAAAUGCUGACAAAGAGAAUGAAGUGGACUGCAGUGAAUACAGAAGGUUAGAGAGAGGAAAACCCAUUUACUGCGAAAGACUCUAUCAACCCUUCUGCGGCUCUGAUGGAAAAACAUAUAACAACAAAUGUUCUUUCUGCAAAGCAGUCCUGAGAAGUAGAGGUGCCUUACGUGUGAAGCAAGUAGGGGUCUGCUGA